CAUGCCAUUGCAGAAGUGCCUCCUUCCGGAGGCCUGUGUGCUGCUAGCUCUGAUGACCCUGACCUUGGCCUUGGAUUGCUCCUAUGACGUCGACUGUCCCACAGGCCAGUGCUGCGGACUUGAUCGCAACAGGAGCUGCUCCCGGAGCGACUACACUGGCGCCGAGAGCUUGUGCUGCCGGAAGUUGUCGUGCAGACCCCGCCAGUGUUAUGCCCGAAGCCACUGCGCACCAGACGAAAGAUGCGAGACUUCCGCACCAGGCGCCUUAGGGGUCUGUACUCCUGACGAUCUCAGCGAAAUCAGCGGCAGCGGUGACGUCAGCACUGACGAUGGCGGCUUUGGAGACAUGGAGCAGUAGUUUCGUUGCUGUCCUCGCUUAAGGAAGUGAUUCCAAGAGUUCUUGAUUCCGUCUGAUGAAUGUUGACAAUGACUAUCCUCUCUUUCUGUGUUCUUUCCUCGCGUUUUUUUUUUUCGUUUUUAAAGCUACUUUGUUAUUUGUUAUUUAUGUUUUUUUCUUGUAUUUGGAAAUUUUAUUGGUUAAAGGAUUAUCUUUUUAAAUUGUAUUUUUUUGUUUGUUUUGCAAGUGAAAGGCCCCUCGAUCUACUUCAGGGUCGAACUUUCUUUCUUUCGAUCUUUCUGUUUCGUUCGUCAUUGUUGUGAUAAUUGCAAUCGUUACUCUCUGGUGUAGAUAUCUACUAAAUAACAAAACGUCAAGAGAGUGAUUGAUUGGGUCUUUUACCAAAUUAAAUACCUUGUCCAUCAGCGAAAUGAGAUAGACUUACGAAACUACCGCCUGUUCAAAACAAUAAAGUUGAAGUGUGAGCCAGGA